AUGGCGCCUGCCAAUGGGCACCUGUUGCUCCCCAAAAUAUGGAGAGCAGCAAGGUUCGCCUAUGAAAAGGCUUCCAAGGCUAUAAGAGCCAAAUUACCAGAACCGGCACAAAAUGCUUCACUGCGAUACCAACCUGUCUAUGCUCGCAUCAAUGCCCGCCAGCCCAUCAAUCGAGCCGCGGCUAUCCGACAGGCACGCAGCCGGUACUUCUCGACCCGUGCCGCUGGUGCCUUUGUCUCUGCUAUUCGAUCUGGUAUCCAGGCCGAUGUCAAUGCGUACAAGACUACCCGAGUUGCUUCGAAUAUCAGCAAAAUUACCAGCCGUGCUCCGUUUGCGUCUACGCUUCGUCCGAACUUGACGGGGGGAACUCUGGGUCGUACGGCGGGUGGAUAUACCAUCGGGGCUGGGCGAUUCGGUGGUGCCCGGUAUUUCUCUCAUGGACCUGCGGCCCCGGCUCAGGUGAUUCAGAAUGUUUCCCAGGGUGUUCGUGCGUUUUUCUUGUCGGGUCAGAAAGUCCGCUUUGAUGGGGUUGAUCCGAACACGGGUGAGAAGCGGUAUAAGGCUGUUAGUGUUUUGCAGGAUCAGGCUGGUCGCAAGAUGACCGCUGUCCCUCGCAAUGUGUCUGGUUCCAGCCUUGAUUUCCAGCUUUCCCCUACCAUCACUGCGUUCGGCGCUUUCAGCGCUUUGAACAAGAAGUCUGGAUCUGAGGCUGUUCAAACGCUGACCUCGGAUUGUCUCAUGGACCUGCUGUCGGCUGAUUUUGCGCGGGCUCUGAAGGAAUUCGCUACCGUGUUGAACGACUUGAAGCGUCUCUCAACGCUGGGUGAUUUGCCAAUCUCCCUGCACGAUCGCUCAACAAUUCGAGUCCGAUUCCCAGGCUGCGAUGCAGAGACCGUCGAACGCCUUUGCGAUGAAGUCGGCGUUCAACGAGGCCGGAUCACCCAAGACGAAGACUUCAAUCUUCGAACUGGCGCUGAUCUAGCACUGCUAUUCCCCUUCGCUCCCAGCGUAGCCGCAUCCUCAGACACAGAGUAUCUCUUUGAGAAGGCUUCCAACCCGCAGACCCACCCAUCCAAUGACAUUGACUGGCAUGGCAUGCUCACACCGGAAUUCGGCAGCCCCUUCACUGGAGAUUCGGGCCUUGACUCCGGACCUGCGAUCAGUUUUGAAGACAAGGAGUUAUUCGGCAGCAAUCCCUGGACAUCCUCGCAUUCUGCUUACUCGAGCAUUAACAUUAGUGAGCUCGGGGAUCGGCCGUUCUUCCCAGAAAUCUCUAGCGCGGGUCUGCCGGAGCGGGAGGCUAUGGUGGAGUAUGACGUUGAGGGGAUCUACAAUUUCCUGGCUGAAUGUGAACGUGCGCGACGCUGA